AUGAUCCGCGGCGCCUGGAUGUCCCCCCGCGGGGGCGCCGCCGGCGGGGCCGUGUGCUGCGCGCCGCGCCGCAGCGACAAGCCGGUGGCCGACCCCGAGCGGGCGCAGAAAUGGCGCCUGUCGCUCGCCUCGCUCCUCUUCUUCACCGUGCUCCUCUCCGACCAUCUGUGGCUCUGCGCCGGGGCCAAGCUGCGGGCGCGGGAGCGGCCGCGGGGCCGCGGGCCGCGGGCGCUGCUAGGCGCCGAGCCGGCGGGCGGCGGCGGCGGCGGCGGCGGCAGCUGCGAGGCCCUGCUGGGCAACCUGAGCCGCGGCCCCGGCGGGCCCUGCCCCGCCGCCCGCGGGAACCUGGACUCGGCGUGCGCCCGGCUGCUCGCCCCGCAGCGCCCGCGGGCCCCCGGCGCGCCCCUGCGCUCGCCCCCCGCCGCUGCCGCCGCCGCCGCCGCGCCCUUCUUCGCCUCGCCCUCCUCCAAAAGGACCUUCCUGCAGGCUUACUUCAGGAACUUCAACCUCUCCUUUUGUGAUACUUACACGAUCUGGGACCUGCUGCGGGAGAUGGCCGGCCCCGACGGCCUGGACUGCAGCCUGGACAACCUGAUGGUGGACCUGGUGGUGGCGGCAGCCGGGGCGCUGGGCGGGGAGGCCUGUAGCAGCUGCGUCCAGGCGUACCAGCGGCUGGACCAACACGCUCAGGAAAAAUACGAGGAGUUUGACCUCUUGCUGGAGAAGUACUUGCAAUCAGAAGAGUACUCGGUCAGAUCCUGCCUGACUGACUGCAAGGCUGUCUACAAGGCAUGGCUGUGCUCUGAGUACUUCAAUGUGACCCAGCAGCAGUGCCAGCAGCGGAUCCCAUGCAAGCAAUACUGCCUGGAGGUGCAGACCAGAUGCCCCUUCGUGUUACCGGACAAUGACGAGCUGAUCUAUGGAGGUUUGCCUGGCUUCAUCUGUACGGGGCUGCUGGAGAACCAGCUGCCUGAUGAGGAGGCCAAGUGCUGUGAGGUGCAAUGGGACUCCUGCGAGCACCCCCCAGACAGCAACGAGGGCACAUCUCCCAAAUCCACAGCAUCAGAGUCGCUUCAUUUCCACCGCCACGACCCCCACCUCCAUCACCAGAGGCAGAACCACAACCACCUCUACCACCACCACCAGUACCACCAGCCCCGCUCCCCGUCCUUGCUGCCGGUCUCCGCGGGGUCUCGCCUAGGCAGCAGCAGGAUCAGACUGUGCGUACUGGUCCUGAUGCUCCUCCACACCAUGGUGUCCUUCUCGAGUGUGCACAGCGGCGCUGGGGGACUCGGCCUGGAGGCCCCGCCUGCUCUGGAGGAGAGCGUGGCACGGGACGAGUGACACAGAGGGCAGAGCCAACCUCCAAGGAGAAUGCCAGAUCUUUUUCAUAAGGGGGGCACAUGCUAUUCCUCCAAUGGGAGGCACGGGAUUGGGGGUGGCGCACGCACCCCUGCACAUCCCCCAAGAGCUGCUCUCGGGGCAUCCCCGUGGUGAAGAGUCUCUAAUGCGCACAGGGCUGCAGGACCCGGCGCCAGAAGGCUUCGGGCAGGGGCAGCAUUCCCAGGCCCGCAGGCGCCGAGCGGGCAGGAAUGUCACGGGGGCGGGGGGACCGAGGGGAGGGAUCCCUUGGAAUCUAAGGGUGUCCCCAUGGGACUGCCGAGUGUCCCCCCGGCCGCUACCGCGAGUGCCUUGGGCGCCCGCGCCUCCCUCGCCCGCGCCGUGACGAGGUUUGACAGUCGGCCCAGCCCUCGUUCCUUUUCUUCUGGAUCUGUGAAUCCCGAGGGAGAAGGCAGAGGGGCAGCACCUCCCAGCACAGCCUGGCCCACUCCUGUCCCAGGGAAAAGCCACCAGCUCGGGGCAGGACCACACUGGUGGGGUGCAGUGUCCUCAGUGUGGCCCUGCCUCGCUGAUGGCGUUUGGGGACAGGAAUGGGAUGCUGUGACACUGCACUGUGGUACCGCUCGGGCUUGGUCUCACUGCAUCCCAGCCUGCUCCUCCAGCCUGGCCUUUCCUGCUCUUCUAUGCGAGGAGGAGGAGAGGGUGGAGGCAUGGAGCAGGAGGGAUGUCCCCAGCAUUCCCACAUCCCUCUUUGCCAAGUGUCCUGAUGAUUUAGUGUGACCUUUUGUUGUCCUCCCUGGCUGGUGGGACUGGUCUCAGUGAGGAGUUGGGGAGAUGUAACUCCAGCAGCACAUAGGCUAUGAGGGAGAGGGAUCCCAUGUGGCAACAACUGGAUGCAGGGAAUCCCGAAGGCAUCCUUCCAUGCUUCCCAGCUACAAAUCAUUGACUGGAUGGCAGGAGGACUGGGCAAACGGGCUGAAGAAAUCUGGCUUGGAGGGAGAGUCUUCCACACAAAGAGGCACUAAUAAAGCCCAGCUAGGGAGGAGCAUUUUUGUGAAUAGUUUCAAUCCAUGGAUGCCCCCAGUUCCGGAAAUUUCCAGGAGCUCAGCUGGACUUGGCCAGGCAAGGUGCUGGCUGGUGCAGCCUCAUUCAGCUCACUUGGGGUGGUUUUUUAACCUGAGCUCAGCAUAUCCAGGGAUUCAGCCCCAAACAAACAUCAGAUUCCCUAGAGUCUGAUCUCCAGGUCAUUUCCUAGGAAACUCCCAAUUCUCCACCCACCCACCAGAACUGUUCCCAGCAUGGACACUGCGAGGUGGUAGUGCCUCUGGGCUGGGCACCAGGGGCUGUAAUUUGUCCUGAGUGUGGGCAGGUAAGGAAGAGAGGGUGUUUUAGCACAAGGUCAUGAGUUGGGUGUGAACCCACUCCCUGCUCCCAGAGGGGCUGGGAUGGUCCCUCUGUUUCCAGGCUGGCUCUUGACAGGAACCUACAGCAGAGCCCUGCGUGGGUCACUGCAGGAGACAGGGAUGGACCAGGAGGAAUGUCCUGCUGCAUCCCAAAUUGAUCCCAGAUCCCUAUGAGGGUGCAGGAAGUCCCAGAGUUGAUGUUCUAUAGGAGUUUUGUAGUUUCUGGUCUCUUAAGGUGGAGCAACACUAAGCAGAGCCCUGUGAGCAGAGCCCCAUGAGCAAAGCUACUUCCUGCCCAGCUGGAAGAAGGAAGUACCAGGCAUCUCGUGGGAAGCACAGGUUUCCUGACAUUUCCAGCCCAUUUCCAGCCCAAAGAGGCUCUGAGAAGCAGCUGAAUGUUUGAUUCCUGAUUUGACUUGAAUCUCAGAGCUUUGGGGUGAUGUUUACACAACACCAGUUGCCUGUUCCCAAAGUCCUGCAGAGACGAGGCCUGUGAUCCCAUUGUCCCAUGGUUUUUGGGGUGGGAGAGAUGGUGCUCAUGGAAGAUGAAGUGUUUCCCAAGCAGAUUCCCUUGCUAUUGCCACCCAAAAAGUAGGAUGUCUCUCAUUUGACUAUUCCUCAUGACAUCCAUAUAAUUUCAGCCUAGUUUACACAAAUCAGAACAGUUGGAUAUGGAGCAGUUCUGCAAACUGGGAUCCAAUCCCUAGGUUUUCUGUGAGCAGUGGGGUUCUGGAGCUGCUCUGACAAAGAGCAAAAGCUCCCAGGCAGGCCAGGGGAGGGAGCACAACCCCAUCCCUGCCUCCAGACAGCCCGAUUCCAAAGGAAAUUAGAUUUACCCUGUACUGCCAGGAGUUAAGCUAAUUCUAGGCGCCUCUCUCAGACAUAGACUGUAUCCAAUCUUGGAGCAAUUCAUCAGGAGAGAGAAGAAUAGCCCAGUGUGGUGCAUCAGCAAGUGGCCCUGAGUCACUGGCCCUGUUCACUGUGUCAUGUGUGACACUGAGCAGCGUUGGCAGGCACGGGGUGGCCCAGCUUCAGUCCCUGUACCACAUCUGGAUCUGGCACCAUCUUGAGGGAUGUGUUUCCUUCUCCCUGCCCCAAAGCCCUUGUGUCCUACUGGUGAUGGAGUGUCAGGCCAGGCUUGGGGGUGGUGAUGGGUGCUGUGGGAUUCCCAGAGAAGUUGUGGAAGUGUCCAAGGCCAGGUCAGACAGGGCUUAGAGCAACCUGGUCCAGUAGGAGGUGUCCCUGCCCAUGGCAGAGAGUGGAACAGAAUGGCCUUUAGGAUCCCUUCAACCUAAACCAUUCCAUGAUUCCAUGAUUCCCACAGAGCUACAGGAGUGAGAUCCAACAACCCAUCAUCUUCAGGGGGUGCUGGCAGGGAUUUGCUGGGAUAACCUGGGAGCUGUGAGAAACAGUUUCACCUUCCCUAACACCAGCUGGAGGCUUCCUUCGAGAGGUCAGGAGCGCGUGUUGCGUCCCCGUGAAUCAGGAAGUGGAGCCUUUUCAGAACUGGGCUGGUCUGGGUGGCUACUAGGGAGGUUGGAGCCCCAUCCACCUGGAGUGAGGAGGCCCCCGGGGCAGGAGAUCUAUGCGUUUUCCAGGCCACGGCUCCCAGGGGGUGUUCCCAGAGGAUGAGAUGUCAGAGAGAGCACAUGGGAUGCAGAUCCACUCUGGGGGCAUGGUAUGGGCUUUACCUGCUGCAAGUGGGAGGAAAGUGCUGAGUCUUCCCAGAGCAAGGCUUUGGAAGGAGAUCUUUUCUUUAGCAAGUCUGGGCUGCUGUCAAUAAGUUCUGUGGUUUUAGGGCACCAUAUGCUGCAUUCAGCACUUUGCCAAUCUCCUUAAACAGAUCCAGACAAGGCUGUUCCCAGAGCAGGAGCAGCUGGAAGUGCUGUAUGGAGCAGUCCAUUAUCAGAAGCCCGUUGGAUAAAAUUCCUGCCUUUGGUCUGACAUUACAACCUCCUAAUCCUUCAUCCUUGAGCGCUCUGGCUUUGUUCUCUGAGAGAACAGUCCAGGAAGCAGAUGGUGACAUUGUCUCAACACAAAUGGCAUUAUUUUUAUUACAAAGUGGAGGGAAUGUGCCUGGAAAAGGAAGGGAAGGGCUUCCUUACCCUGUGUGUUCAGGGAUGUUUUACCCCAAGCCCUGUGUCCACCAGGGCAGGGGCCCUUUGCAAUCCCAAAUGCUUACCACAUUCCCAAAGCCACCUUGGAGAACAUGAGCUCUAAAUGAUUUAUCCUAUCAGGAACUUAAACCCAAGGGGCUUUGUCCUUUUCAUCCAAUGAUCUUAUCUCUUCUCCCUAAAGAAGAUGCCCCGUAUUGGGAUUAAUAUAUAAAACUCAACUUUUCCUUCAGUGGACAAACUUCUCUUUGCUCAGAGAAAAUUCCCAGUGGGAAGCAGUGAUUCCUCCCUGGUGAGGGGGUUUCUCAUCCCCAGAGAAGUGAGGGAUGAUGAUGUCUCCACAAAUUCCAGGUGUGGGCAGAGAGAAGGAGCAAAGGAAGCUGGGUCCAGCAUUAUUCCCAGGUUUUGCACUUUCAUGUAGCUGACAGUUAUACAAAUUAAUUAAAAAUACCUGAAGAAAAAUCCCAAAGAAAGGCCCUGCUUCCUCUGGGGAACAUUAAUCAUUAGCUGAGUCUUUUUCUUAUGAAAAUACAGAUCCAUAGUAGCCCCAGGCAGAAGAUUCCCAGGGAGAGCCCUCACCAUUCAUGCUCAGAGUUAGGGAAAUUGCUUUGAAAGUAUCUGACAACUAAAGCAGAACAUGUUGAGUAGCUUGGCAACACUGGGAAAACAUCUGGAACUGUUUUUUCUUCAACACAUUUUGCUUUGCUUCAAGAGGAGAUGUCAGGGCAACUCAUUCACUGCCACUCAGGGCCACAGGCGGGGCCAGAUGCUUGGCUGCUGCCUGGAGGAAGGGAAUAAAGGGAAGAUCCCGGAUAUCUGCUGCUCCUGGGCAGGAUCCUGUGAGGCCAGGCCAUGGAGUGUCCCUGUGCUGAGCUCUGCAGGUGCCUCCUGGUCUCUGGUGGCACUGAGUGUGGUGGUUUGGGAUGGGUUGUUGAGGUUACCUGGAAAUACUGUGGCUGCCCCAUCCCUGGGAGUGUCCAAGGCCAGGUUGGAUGGGGCUUGGAGCAACGUGGGCUAGUGGAAGGUGUCUGGAUGAACUUUAAUUUCCCUCCCAACCCAAACCACUCUGGGAUUCCAUGAUUUCCACAGAGCCAAAGGGAGUGAGGUCCCAUAGCCCAGGUUACCCUCAGUUUGUGAUUCAUCCUAAUCCCAUUCCUGCUGCCAUCUGGGAAAGGAAUGCCUGUAGGACUUGGUGGAGACAAAAUCAGGACAGAAACAUUCCUGGAUUCUGCCAGAAAGUGAUGGGGCACUAUACAAGUUUGAAAGCAAACCAGCAGGAGAUUCCAAGUCAGAACUACAAUUUAAUAGGAAAAUUAAGAUAAAGGCAGUAGAACAGAAACACUGGCUUAGAAUGACAGAGUCAGGAUACAACCUGACACUUUGUGGGUCAGGGUGGUGGUAGCAGUCCAAUUAAAUGGUGGCUGCAGUCCUGUUGGCAUGAUGGAUGUGGUUCUGUCAAAGCGGUGAUCCUGUAGAAAGAUCUGGUCCUUCUCUGGAGGUCCAGUGAUGGUUUUGGAGUGCUUGUCUUCUGGGAAUCCAGUGGUAGUGCUCCUGGUGGUGUUCCAAGCCCCAGACUACAUCCAGGUAGAAAUGUUCAGUUCCUCCCCCUGGGUGGAGCAUCUCACAAUGGGAUGAUGUAAUUCUAUGAGUCAUUCUGGGAGACUUUGAUGGCCCAUUAGUGGAGAUGGCUCCCCACAGAGUGGCUGCUGCUUCCCUGGAGGGAGUUAUCAGGACUGAGUCAUGGAGAAGAUAAAGAACACUACCCCACCUAUCUUUUGGUUACAUCUUACAUUGUAACCCAAGACAGGCAGGAAAUUCUGUGUAUCAGCUUUUUUGUGCAUCCCUGGGGCUUCCCAUCCCUAGGGGUUAAAUCUCUCUCAAACUAUGCUGGAAAAGUUGGAAAGGGUCAUGGUGUUCAGGUUGGAUGUUAAGGAUCUCCUUCAGCCCAAAAGUUAGCUCAUGGGCAUCCCAGCUGGAGGUACCACCAUCACACAACCCCAAAACCAUCUCUUCUCCCACAGAAGGAGCCUGCUCACAGCUCCUGGAUUAUAACAGCCCUGGAGCUGCACAGCUCCCACCAUGAGUCCAUUUUAUUCCAGGAAUGGAAGGAUUUUAGCAGCUCUUUUUGGGUGUUCUUGGUCCAGGUAGCUCUUUGGGUGACCUCCUAGCCCUGCAUGUCUCUGUGAGGAAGGAGGAAGGGAGCAGAGGGAAUGCUGUGGUGGGGGAUGAACCAUUUUUAAUUGAGGAUCAUAAAAAAAAUAAGGAAUGUAAUAAAUUGACAAGCCAAAUUCCGUAAAUCAAAAUUUUAGAAUUUUAUUUAGAGACUUAAAUUCAGUCUCCAACAGCCACAAUUAAAAGGAACAGCAUCGAACCCCAGGGUUUCGGCACUGGGUGAACGCAGAAACGGACUCUAUCGCUCCGUAUCCACUCUGUUCACAAAGUGUGCCCAGAGCCGCUGAUUUUUAUACAGCCUUUCGCUGAGAGUGGACGGCGACCGUAGCGCUCUUGCUUCGUGGUAGCUUCAUUAGGUAUUCAUGUUCAGGUCCUGGGUCAGUUGAAUAGGUUCUCGGAGUAGAACAAUGCCAUGAUUGCCGGGUCCGGAGAAGGUUUGGAAAUGUUAAAUCGGGCCAGAACAGAUAAGAUACCAAUCUUCUCCAAAUCGUUUGAUCGUUAGCACGCCCAUCUCUGGGGAAGGCACAGCCAAUCUCCCCAUCUUUCUAUUCUUUUAGUUUUGUUGGUUGUCCUGAGGCUUUUCCUGGCAGAAAUUCUUUCCCUCCCCAACCCCCGUGUCCCCUUCUUGCAGUUUUUAGUCUUUGUUAACCCUAAACACACUUUAGGUUUACAGAUCUUAAAUCCGACCGAACGCAGAUCAAUUUGAUAUUGCAUAUCACUACAUUUCAAUGCGAAUUAAUUACAUAUCACAUUACCUAACAUGAAUUAACUUUAGGUCACAUAUCACAAGGAAUAAUAAAUUUUAAAAGUUGUUGGGGUUUUAUCAAAGCUCUCAGCCCCUCUCAAAGACCUGGGCAGGAUAUGGGUGAGUUCCUGAGCCCAGUCCCUCCAUCCUUUCCUGCUCCACAUCUCCAGGACUUGUGUCCCAGGCAGGUCAGGAGCAGUUUCCAGCCUUUUUAGCACUUUUUCAGCCCAGAAAGUCAACAACUCUGCUUGUUGUAAACUGAAACUCAGCAACCCCCCCCCCAAGAAUUAGGUUUGGUUUAUGAAAUUUGGGGUUGGUUUUACCAUUUUUAAAUGUAUUUGGGAACUGGAUAUGCCUGAGUUGCAAAACAAAAAGACAAAAAGAGCCAGACAGUGAUUUUUUUUUUUUUUUAAAUUUUGAAACUUGUCAAAACAAGGCAGAUUGAUCAUUAUGACCAAUUUACCAAUUUUUUUCUUUUGUUUUUUUUUGUUUGCUUUUUUUUUGUUGUUUUUGUUUUGGUUUUGUUUUUGUUUUUUGUUUUUUUUUUUUUUUUUUGCAAAUUGAGAAAUGCAUCCAAAACAGUCCUUUCCCAAAAAACCUUUCAUUUUCCAAAAAGAAAACGAGGCAAAAAAAAAAUAAAAAAUCAAUCACACUUUUUCUGCUCACACAGUUGGAACGGGCAGCAGAAGAUUGAGAGAGAAUAGCAAUUUGUAAGGAAUUCCAACCAGCUCUCCUUAAAAUAGCAUCCAGCCAGUUUCUCCAGGGCAGGAGGCUGAGUUGCUCCAUGGUAGGAAUAGGCUGGAGCGAAUCCUGGCUGAGCAGGCUGGUAUAACGCCUUGAGAAUGCAGGGACAUCUUCCCUAUGGGAAUCAGAUGCUGAUGCCUGGGAGGAAUUCCUGGGGAUCCCCAGCCAUCCCUCUGAUGGAGGUUUGGUUUGGUUUUCUGUUUCAACCCAAACUGAAUCCAGCUCCUCCAAGCCUCCUGUUCGGACACAGCCUCAGGAUGCCUUCAAAAGGGAGAUGCUCCCGUCUGAGCAUGGGGGUGGAAAUUUGGAACAAAUUCUGUGUGCUGGUCCUUGAGAGAGCCAAUGCCGUGCUCAGGAGGGAUGUGGGAAGGGAGAGCCCAGCCCCUCGUGCUCUUCUCCCUCCAGAGCGUGUCCAAGCUGGGGCUCCCUGCCUUGCGCUGGGUGUCCCAGGGCCUUGGGGGUCCUGUGGGGACCUCAGGGGGACUUGUGGGACCUGACCCCUGUAGUGCCCAGGCUGCUGGUGCCCAAACCCUUAAGUGCUUGUGCCAUGUGGGUGGUGACAGCUCAGCUGACCCCAACGAGGUCCUUUAACAGUGUGUGGUGGUGAAACACAAACCAACAUUGCUGAAGUCAAAGUAUCCUUUCUAAUCCCCUGGCCCAGUUUCUCUUUCUUUCCAGCUUUUCCUCCUCCGCCUCCUGGACCCUCCCUCUGUUCCCACCCCCCUUCUGUUUCUCUUUCUCCCUUCUGUCAUAAGAAAGUGACUGUGUCCUUGAAGGGACAGUUUUCUUAUGCCAUUUUAUACACUGUGCUUCAUGUUUAGAACUUUUUUGCACUAGUUCCUAUUACAUUUAUUUUCCAAACUGGUUUGACAAAAAAAAACAAAAACAAAAACAAAAAACCCAACAAAAACACAAUCCCAUGCUAUAAUUCAGUUGUAUUAAAAUAUUAUCCUACUACUCUCUGUGUUGAAUAGUCUCUGUACCUGUAAUGCUUUCAGUUCUGUUGUAUUUUGGGGCCGAGGUUUUCUCUGCUCCUUGUUUAACCCAAUAAAGAAAUAAAAUGUUAAGAAUUGAUGAUAA